GGGGGGGAAGCGCGAGCGGCGGCUGGAUGUUGUCACAUUGAGGAUCCCUCAUUUUGUGUUUGUUUUAUUUUCUCUUUGGAUUUAUUUGUGACAUUUAGUUGGCGGAUGCUCAUUUGUUUACUCGUUAACCUUUCUGUUGAAGUAGCCCGUGAAUAAUCGGAACCUUUUAUGGAAGAAAUUUCUCUCUCCCCCCCCCACCCCCCGUCAAUAAGCAAAGAAUGUGUUUUGUUUCUAAUUUUUACCAAGGUUAGAAAUGAGUGCUUUUAAGAAGAAAAGUUUGUUUAUUUUUUGACUUCGACGUUUCCUUUUUGUUCUCCACACCCCCUCCCCUCCUCCCCUUAAUCCGGAAAGCCCAGUAACUGAGGAGAAUUGUGGAGUGUCCGGGAUUUUGCUCGAAGGCUUCGAUCUGUCGUGGGUGUUUAGCAGGAGCGGAUCUGACAGACUGUGCCAGCUGACUGCUGCUAACUUCCCGGCGAGUUAUUGGAGCAGAUAAAAAGAUGGAUAUCCUGGUGCUUUAGAAGAAGCUGCAUGCUGAAAGUAUCACUUUGUUUACGUCUGAGGGCCUUGGAGAACUUUGGACCUAGAGGACUUGAUUUGGUGCAGGUACAAUGGCAAAACAUGUUGCAAUAAUUAACACAAAUGGAGAUUUGAAAGGCUACACAGACCAGAACCUUUUUCCAGUGAAGGAUAGUAUAUCCAUGGUUGCAGCAUCAGUUUCAAACAUCGUCUCUCAAACCAAGAUCUUGCCCAAAACCUUAGGCCUAGCAAACGUGAAUGUUGCACCCCAAAUGAUCAUAAGCACACCACAGCGACUGAGCAACUCUGGGAGUGUUCUGAUUGGAAGUCCGUACACCCCCACUCCAGCUAUGGUUACUCAGAGUCACGUAACAGAUCCAUCUGCCUGGGUCGCAGGGAGCAGAAAACGUACCCAUGAAUUUAUUGAAUCUGAUUUUUCAGACAACAAAAGAAGCAAAAAAGGAGAAAAGAAUGGAAAGGGUCUACGACAUUUUUCAAUGAAAGUGUGUGAGAAGGUGCAGCGGAAAGGAACAACUUCGUACAAUGAAGUGGCCGAUGAGUUGGUGGCUGAGUUCAGUAAUUCCAAUAACCACAUGUCCUCAGAUUCUCAGGCAUACGAUCAAAAGAAUAUUCGACGCCGUGUUUACGAUGCACUUAACGUGCUGAUGGCUAUGAACAUAAUUUCUAAAGAGAAGAAAGAAAUCCGAUGGAUUGGGCUUCCCACAAACUCUGCUCAGGAAUUUCAGAAUCUUGAGGUGGAGAAACAGAGACGAAUAGAACGAAUUAAACAGAAAAGGGCUCAGCUUGAAGAAUUGAUACUGCAGCAAAUAGCGUUCAAAAAUCUAGUACAGAGGAAUCGACAAUCGGAACAGCAGACGCAGAGUCCCCCUGCACCAAACUCUACUAUUCAGUUGCCUUUCAUCAUAGUCAACACCAGCAAACGGACUGUCAUAGAUUGCAGCAUCUCCAGUGACAAGUUUGAAUAUCUAUUCAACUUUGACAACACCUUUGAGAUUCAUGAUGAUAUUGAAGUGCUAAAACGUAUGGGAAUGUCCUUUGGCUUGGAGUCCGGUAAAUGUACUCCAGAAAAUCUGAAAACUGCCAACUCAUUGGUGCCAAAAGUUUUGCAGCCCUAUGUUGCAGAAAUGGCUGACGGAUCAUCCUGGGCAAACAGGGAAGUUCCUACAGAUCUAAUUCAAACUGCCUCAGCUUUAUCAACAACAGGCUCUAUUUCUCAAUCAAGUAUAAACCCCGGAUUAUCUCUGGAUGUAGAAGUUGCCUUAGCAACCGGACACCUCCUUGCUCCAGAGAAUCGCCACUCAAGCAGCGUUGCGUCACACUAUGAAUCACGAGGUGAAACGCCAUGCUCAUUUAAUGAUGAUGAUGAAGAUGAUGAUGAUGAUGAAGAUGACUGCUCUUCACUUGUUGAAGGAGAGUAAAGAGUGUGCUGGCAUACUUCUCAAGCUGCUCACAUGUGCUUUUUAUUAAGCUGUACUAUGUUUCACCAUCCACUCUUGUCAUCUUUGUGACUGACCCUUGCAGACUGAAAGCCGAGGGGGCGAGAAAUGUACAGCAAUUCUGUGUGAAUGUACGGAAUCCUGUGAUGCAGCUUUUAGUCUGUUGCUUUUACAUAAUCAGAUCCAGUUAAAAAUGAUCCAAAACAGAGUGGCUGGCACAGUUUUAAUAGCUGCUAUUUUAUUUUUGUUCUGGUUUUGCUUCCACUCUCCCCCUUUACUCCUGUCCUUUGGAAGUCUGUGAGAUUCACAAUCUGGUUGUUUCAGUGUUGCUGUUACAAGCAUACCUUUUGCUUGUAUGAGUGAGUUUUGGAUUUAGGGUAUGUUGAGAUAAAGCGAAUUGUUUUGGUUACUUUACAAUUUUUACUUGGUCAGGGUCAAAGCACGAUCGGAGACCACUGAAGUUUUGGGUUCCUGCCUGACAGGGAAGUGUCUAGAACAAAUUACUUACACUUCCUAUCUAAAAUCGUGGGUUUGCCCAGUUCUGAAGCAAGGGAGUUCCAAAGAAAUACCAAGCUAUGAUGUUGAUUUAAGCUAAUAUAUGACAUUUAUUUAGAAAGAAUGAGUAAAAUUAAUUUUGUAGUCUUAAAUUCACUUGUGUGAAUUUUUUUUUUGACUCUUGAGCAACAAAUCAAAAGUAACAUUCCUCAACAAUGACAUCUUUCCAGAGACUGAGGAUAAUGAGUCUAAACUGCUGAUCAAACCACUUACUUCGUACAAAAAAAGAUGAUCAGCAACUUAUUAGAAUGCUUUUGCUCCUCCAGUGGCACUGUGAACUUAUCUGUUGAGUAGUUUAUGAAUGCAGAUUAGAAAGGUGCCAGGUUCAAUCUCCAGAAGUAGCUAACCUUCAGGUCACUACAGCCGACCUUCAGCCAGCCUGGAUUAGACAGAAGAUUGGCCAGGGCUCCUUGUCCUGAUUGCUAUGCAGUAUCCCCCACUCCAGUGUACUUGACUGGAGGUCAGGUGAGGACAGGAUCAGCCUAGAAGUCAUAUGCCCCUGUAGUCAAAAAGUCUACUGACACACAGUUGUCAAAGGUCACAUGUGAAUAAUGAUCAUCUGAGCAUACUACCAGGGAGUGAUUAGGGCCCCUGGAACAGUAGCCGUGCAAGGAGACAACAUUUUCAGGAGGAAUGGGAAAAGGAGAAUAUUGUAUUUUAAAAAAAAAACUUCUGGUUUUGAACUUGUGUAGAUUGACUUUUUUUAACAAUAUUUGGACAAAUGCUGUCAUCUGUAUCCCUUUCCAUCGUAUUUCCUGAUAUCAUUUUUUUACUAUCAUCCCCUAACUCCCUUUUUUUAUAAAGAGGUAAUAUCAGAUAAAAAUGUAAGUUAUGUCUAGAGCAACAGGCAGAAUACUCACUAAAAUUCAAUAAUUUAUGGUCAUACUUUCACACGCCAACCUCUCCAUUCAAAGUCUGGUCACCUACAGCUGUAAACCUUUAUGAGCUCAUUGGGGGUGAAAUUGGUCAAGGGCAAUAGUGUAAAGCAGAUGAUAAUGAAGUGACAACCCGCCUUAUAUCCCACCCAACUUUUCUGUUGACAUCACAUCAGGCGGGUGAUGGGCUGUCAGUUUGUUAUUGUCUAUUUAAAGCUGCCGUCCAAGACCAGUUUCACCCCCUUUGAGUUUUUGUAAAUAAUUAGCCAUGUUAUUAAUUUUUCAUUCAAGUUUUAUAUCCACUUUGUAGAAAUAUGUUCACUGUACAUAUAUAUAAAACAUUCUUCUGUUGUGCUGCAAGUGGGAUGUUAAGGUAUACCUUUUGGUAUGGUUUUAAAAUAAGGACAUCAUUGUUGAAUGUGCUGAUGAUCAUACCUGCAUGGCCUUUGGUGAUGGUGCAGCUACCUGCUUCCUGUGUUUUCAGGGAAGAAUAUUUCCACAAUAAACUAAAAAAAUUUGUAUUGUAGAACAUGGAAUAAAAUAAUUUAAAGACAA